CGAUAGGUUAGGUUGGCCCAAAAAUUUCUAGUUGCAGCUCCCAUCCCACUCCGGCUUCCACGGUUCCAGCCGCCGCCCGUCCCUCCACCGCUCUGCGCCCUGCUCCGCGCCGCCGCCUCCCUCGCACCCGUGUGCUCGACGUCCGGCUCCGCGCCCUCCCUGGCCAGGACGCGCCCCUCCCUCGCCCCGGCGGCCCGGCGACGCGCUCCUGCACUCGGUCCCGGGCUCCCGGCGACGCUCCCCUCCCCCGCGCCGGCGGCCGCAACUCAGGAUUCAAGGGCGUAGGCUGCACUGCAUCCCGGUUGCCCUUUGGCCUGGCCGUCUGGGCACCUGGCAACCACUGCGGUUCCUCCCGGACCGUGAGUCCGUGAUCGUGUGAUCGUGUGACUGCAAAUUGCGUGUGCACUGAGCACACUGUUGAAAGCUGCAGCGAGGUUCAGGCUUCAGAGUUCAGACCUUCGUGGGAUUGAUGUUUCAGUUAGGCUUGGAACUGAACAGGAAAGUUCAUUCAAAAUUUCAAAGGUUGAUCUGAGCUGAUCAUCUUCGGCUGUAUAGUUCCUUCAGCAAUGGUUUACUGUACUCACUGUGCGGAUUACUGCCCCUCCAUAAAGGACCCUGACAAAGGAUACAUAUGCUGUGGUACAUGUGGGAAGGUUCUCGAUCAGGAGAUUUACACUGAUGAGCCUAAUUUUGUUAAGGAUGGCUCAGGGCAGAGCCGCUUGGCUGGAAAUAUUCUGAAAAGUAUUGAGAGUGGAUAUUCAAUGUCCCAUGAAAGAACCUUAAUGAAAGGGAGGGAUGAGAUUAGUCAGAUUGUCAAUAACUUACAUGUAGGUGGUGGAGAUACUAUCAUUAAUAAGGCUCAUCGCUUCUAUACGCUAGCUGUUGACCAUAAUUUUACAAGGGGCCGUCGAACAACCCAUGUUGCAGCUGCGUGUCUUUACAUUGCCUGCCGGCAAAGUAAAAAAGCUUAUCUUCUUAUUGAUUUCUCUGACUAUCUGCGUAUAAGUGUUUAUGUCCUAGGUGCUGUUUUUCUCCAGCUUUGCCAAGUUUUACUACUCUCAGAUCAUCCAAUUGUUCAAAAGCUCAUAGAUCCCAGCCUUUUCAUCCAUCGUUUUACAGAACGUUUGCUGGGAAGAAGGGAUAAUGACGUUUCAGACACAGCUUUACGUAUUGUAGCUAGCAUGAAGCGAGAUUGGAUGCAGACUGGGAGGAAGCCUAGUGGAUUAUGUGGUGCAGCAUUAUAUAUUGCUGCACUAUCUCAUGGGUAUAAUUACACCAAGGCAGAUAUUGUUUCUGUUGUGCAUGUCUGUGAGGCAACUCUAACUAAGCGGCUCAUAGAGUUUGAAAAUACAGAUUCUGGCAGCUUAACGAUUGAAGAAUUUUUGGCAAAGGCUGAUGAAUUAAGUCAAGAGUCUGUUUCAAAAAAUUCACCCACGUCUGGAGAAAUCCUUUGCAAGCACAAGGAUAAAGGUGCUGAGCAUUUUGCUCAUGGACUUUGUGAGAAAUGCUACAACAAAUUUACUAAACUCUCGGGUGGACUAGAGGGUGGUGCUGACCCUCCAGCUUUCCAACGAGCUGAAAGACAGAGACUCGAAGCUGCUAAAAGGGCUGAAGAAGCUGCUGCAAUUAAGGAGGCAGCGCAGGGAGAAUCCAUUUGUGACACAAUGAAUUCUGAUGUUGAAAAUACCAUCAUGACUCCUAUAAAGGGUAUAAGUGGAGAUAAAUCUUCGAUGAUUACCUCUGGGGGAAUUACAAAUGACUCUGUAUUGUCCAAAGAUCCUGAAGAGGGAGGUGAAAAUUGUAAAGGUGAUGCUGAUCCAGAAAGUCUUUCUGAUAUCGAUGAUGUGGAGGUUGAUUGGUACCUUCACAAUGAGGAAGAAACACGAUAUAAAAAAGUUAUCUGGGAGGAAAUGAACAAAGAGUACCUUGAGGAGCAAGCAGCAAAGGAAGCUUUGGCAGCUGAACUGGCAGCUAGAGGUGUGGGUGUGGAAGAGGGAAAGAAGAAAAAACGAAGACAUAAUGAAGAUGCCAAGAGCUCGACACCUGCCGAAACACCAGCAGAAGCAACAUAUAACAUGUUGAAACGAAAGGGACUUGGGUCAAAGAUCAACGUGGAUGCUGUUGGCGGAUUGUACAAUACUAAAGACGAAGAUGGCAGUGCAAAUAAGAAAGAAGAGAUGGGUUUUGAGGGGGAAUAUGCACAGGACAAUGGUGAUGGUGAAGCAUUUGACCAUGGUUAUGACUAUGCCGAUCACAACUAUGAUGGCUACGACGACGAUGGAGGUGUAGCCUACGAUGAUUUUGAUUUCUAAUGCAUUUGGAGAACGGCAAGCUGAAUACCAACUUUUAGGACACUGUACAUUAUGUCGUUGUUGACCACAAUUUUAAUUUUUGUUACGAGUUAUGAUUGGUUAUCACCGGGCUGAUAGGUAGUCAGUAUAAUUGCUUUUUGUGUAGUGUUUAGAACUAGGGCCUGUGAGUUUGUACCUGAUUAUCGUUUCACUACACGAAUUUAGUCUUGAUGAUC